UUCGUCUUCUCCGCCUCCCUCUCUCUCUCUCUCUCCCCCCCCCCCCCCUCUCUGUAUCUCUCUCGAGGGGAUCCAUGGCUUCCGUCACCGCUGCAUCGACCUCCACGCGAUCUCGUCCUUGCCCGAUGGCACUGGCUAUUAAGCCCGUUACAGGUUUCAGCCAGGGAAGGAGCAAUCUCUCUUUCACAAUUCGUCCGUCACCUGCCCGGUUGAGGUUCUCGUGCCUUGCACAGCCCAAGACUGUGGAGAGGGUGUGUGGUAUCGUCAAGAAACAGCUCUCGCUAGGUGAUGCAGAAACAUUGACAGCUGCAACUAAGUUUACCGAGCUCGGUGCUGAUUCUCUCGACACGGUCGAGAUCGUGAUGGGACUGGAGGAGGAGUUCGGGAUCACCCUGGCCGAGGAGAAAGCUCAGACUAUCGCCACAAUCGAGCAGGCGGCCGAUGCCAUCGAAGAGCUCUUGAAGGAGAAGAACGAUAACUAAGAACUCUGAUGAUGACAGUAAGCCAAAGCCAAAACCGGGUUGAACUUAUUGUUUUGGUUAGCAUUAGAUAUUGUCUGUCGAAUUCUUUGAAGUUAUUACAAAUGCUUGUCCUCGUACCCUGCUUCUGCUUCUUCUUUUUUUUAAGACUUGAAGUGCUCUCUCGAUGGUUUCUUGCUGAGACUUCUCUUUCGAUAAAUAUUUAGUUUUUGGUCCUUUUAUCCA